AUGGCUAUAAAUAAGCCAUGGCGUUUACUCAUCAGUCCAUCACUCUCAGGAGCCCAAAUACUUGCUCAAGAAAUAUUCCAAAUCCGUCCUCUCUGUCUACCAGCUUCAAAAUCCAUGGCAGUUCAAGCUACAGAGCCAAAAUCGAGCGAUUCCCCUCAGUCGCCGGCGAGAACAGAGAGCAACUCCGGCGACUGCAACCAAAUCCUACAAUUCAAUCGGUUGACGAAGAGGAAACGGUCCAAGCGUCAACACGAAUUACUCGAAUCGCCUUCAUCUGAUGAUGAUGAAUACAUCGCCCAGUGCCUCCUCAUGCUCUCUCGCACCGGCGGCCACCCCUGUUCGCUCUGCAACAAGUCUUUCGCCUCCUACCAUGCCCUAGGCGGCCACAUGGCCAGCCACAGGAAAUCCCUCUCCUCUACCGCCGAUGAUCGCCUCUCCGCGGGACCUACGGCUUUAGUCUCCGGCGGGAGGGUUCACCAGUGCUUGAUUUGUUUUAAGACGUUUCCGACAGGGCAGGCGCUUGGGGGACAUAAGAGAAGGCACUACGACGGGACAAUCGGAAGCGCCGCCGGCACUGGAUCGGGUUCCGAAGGGGCGAUCGGGGACUGUGGAAGGGGGUUAGGCUUUGAUCUUAACUUGCCGGCGGCGGAAGAGUUCGCCGGAGGCGUGGGGUGGCGGUGCUUGGAAGAGGAGGAGUCGCGGAGUUCGCUUCCCUUGAAGAAGCCUUGCUUGGCUUCUUUCUCGCGGUUUAGGGUUUCGAUAGAUUUUUAUGGAGUCUGA